CCAAUGGAAAGCAGGUGCAUUGGUUCAGUUUUCAACCUUCCAGAACCGGAAAAUAACGUGGCCCGUUUAAAUCCGACACAUUCAAUUUCCCCACCGGUAAAGAAAACAGAAGAAUAGAAAAAGGAACGAGAGGAAAUCACAAAAGUUACACAAAGCUUGCUAAAAAAAUUUUCCUUAUAAUUCCCAAAAUGCCCUUGAUCUAUGGAUCUCUCAAUCUAUUCGAAUUCCUUUUCCUUUCUGUUUAGCCUCUAUUUCUGUCGGUCCAUCUCAUUCUCCGUGCGUUACUGUUCUUGAUGGAGCCUCAGAGGAGCCAACAAGAUCAGGGUCUCCCGGAGAGGAAGGGACAGAAGCGCAAAUUGGAGGAAGAAAUCGAAGAGGAGCAACGAGAGAUCUCGCCGGCGGCCACCUUUGGCGAUGCGCGCCAAGCUCUUUUACAUGAGGUUGCUGCGCAGGUAAAUAUCCUUAACUCGACCUUCUCUUGGAACGAGGCCGAUCGGGCAGCUGUCAAACGAGCCACUCACGUCCUUGCAGAGUUCGCUAAAAACGAGGAAUUGGUGAACGUAAUUGUUGAAGGAGGCGCAGUUCCAGCUCUAGUAAAGCAUCUUCAAGCGCCCCAGUCAGGUGAAGCUGACCGUAAUUCAAAGCCGUUUGAGCACGAGGUGGAGAAGGGGAGUGCUUUCGCGCUAGGACUGCUUGCUGUGAAGCCGGAGCAUCAGCAACUCAUAGUUGACGCAGGGGCACUGUCACUUCUUGUGGACUUAUUGAAGAGGCAUAAGGAUGGUUCUAUUUCUCGGGCAGUGAAUAGUGUAAUUAGAAGGGCAGCUGAUGCUAUCACCAAUUUAGCUCAUGAGAACAGUAGCAUUAAGACUCGUGUUAGGAUGGAAGGUGGAAUUCCUCCUCUAGUUGAGUUGCUUGAAUUCACUGAUACAAAGGUGCAAAGAGCAGCUGCUGGGGCACUACGAACCCUGGCUUUUAAGAAUGAUGAGAAUAAAAAGCAGAUUGUUGAAUGUAAUGCUCUUCCCACCCUCAUUCUAAUGCUACGAUCUGAGGAUGCUGCUAUACACUAUGAAGCAGUUGGUGUGAUUGGAAAUCUGGUGCAUUCAUCCCCAAACAUAAAAAAAGAAGUCCUUGCUGCUGGUGCUUUGCAACCUGUUAUUGGCUUACUUAGCUCCUGCUGUUCUGAGAGCCAGAGAGAGGCUGCUUUAUUACUCGGACAAUUUGCUGCAACAGAUUCGGAUUGCAAGGUUCACAUUGUUCAAAGGGGUGCAGUUCAACCUUUGAUAGAGAUGCUUCAGUCCCCUGAUUUGCAGCUGAGGGAAAUGUCAGCAUUUGCACUGGGGAGGUUGGCACAGGAUUCGCAUAAUCAAGCUGGUAUAGCUCAUAAUGGUGGUUUGGUGCCAUUACUGAAGCUUUUGGAUUCAAAAAAUGGAUCUCUUCAACAUAAUGCUGCAUUUGCGCUAUAUGGUCUUGCAGAUAACGAGGAUAACAUGUCCGAUUUUAUUAGGGUGGGAGGUGUCCAGAAGCUGCAGGAUGGAGAGUUUAUUGUUCAAGCAACAAAAGAUUGUGUCUCAAAGACUUUGAAGAGAUUAGAGGAAAAGAUUCAUGGACGAGUUUUAAACCAUUUAUUAUAUCUAAUGCGUGUAGCAGAGAAGGCUGUCCAACGACGUGUUGCUUUAGCUCUUGCGCAUCUUUGUUCCCCAGAUGAUCAGAGAACGAUAUUCAUUGAUAACAAUGGAUUGGAGUUACUUCUCGGGCUUCUUGGCUCUACAAACCUGAAGCAACAGAUUGAUGGAGCUGUAGCUCUCUACAAGUUGGCAAAUAAAGCUAUGGCUCUCUCUCCUGUGGAUGCAGCUCCCCCUUCUCCAACACCACAGGUAUAUUUAGGGGAGCAGUAUGUAAACAAUGCUACAUUAUCUGAUGUAACCUUUUUGGUCGAAGGUAGAAGGUUCUAUGCCCAUAGAAUUUGCCUACUUGCUUCUUCAGAUGCAUUUCGUGCGAUGUUUGAUGGAGGUUACCGGGAGAAGGAUGCAAGGGACAUUGAAAUUCCAAACAUUAGAUGGGAGGUUUUUGAGUUGAUGAUGAGAUUCAUAUACACAGGAUCAAUAGAUAUUUCAUUAGAUAUUGCACAAGAUCUCCUGAGGGCCGCUGAUCAAUAUCUUUUGGAGGGCCUUAAGCGACUCUGUGAAUAUACCAUAGCACAGGAUAUAUCACUGGAAAAUGUUGCAAGCAUGUAUGAACUUUCAGAAUCUUUCCAUGCUAUUUCACUGAGGCACACAUGCAUUUUGUUUAUCUUGGAGCAGUUUGAUAAAUUGAAUGCUAAGCCCAGGCAUUCCCAUUUGAUCCAGCGUAUUGUACCUGAGAUUCGGAAUUACUUUGCCAAAGCACUUACCAAAGCUAACCCACAUAAUUUGCGGCUGUAGAUUGCUGGUCUUUGAUUCUCGAUGUCUAACUAGAUAACAUUGUACAGAGAGUGGUAGAUGUUCUAAUUGAUGUCGAGCCAUUUGAAAGUCCUAAUAGGUUGGUUAAUAUGGCUCCAUAAUCUUCCCUGGUACCAGAUUGCUACUAAAUGUGUAUGCAACUGUAACAUUGUUUCCAUUUUCUUGGAUGUUGAUGGGCUAUGUUCUUCACCAACAUUAUUGUUGUUGCAUGUACUGAUGCAUUUUGUAACUCUUUAAUGAGUUGACGUUUGGUGAGAGAGCAAGAGUUGAUUCCCUGAAAAUUUGGGGCAGAGCUUCAGGUUUGUAAUGCUCCCUCUCAAGGACUUCGGUGGCUUAAUAUGUUAUAGCGCUUUAGACAUUGCUCUUUAUGUGAAGAGACUAGGAAGUUGCAAUAAAAAUAUAUAUGUGUAUAUCAUUGAUCCUUUUUCAAA